UGGAUGCGCUGGGUCCGCGGGCCGGGUGGGAAGGAGGCCGAGCAGGCCGAGCAGCUUCAGCUGUGUGCGAGCAGCUCGGACAGGCUCGUGCCCCGCGCUGGCCGCUUCCUGAGCCUCCCCCGGAGUCGGGGAGGGCGUCCCCAAGUGCAGCCGGCUGCUGCUGGCGCCCAGCGUGCCGAGUUCUAGCAUUUAUUCACCUGUUUCCUUUUGCAAACAUUGGACUGUCAGAGUCGGGGAGGCCCCGGAGGGUCAGCACGCCGCCAUCACUCUGCUGAAGUGGUGGUCUGUGGUGACACCACCCCUAGACCCGGAAUUCUGUGAUUUUGGGCCUGAAACAGAGAAUACGUUUCUUGAAAAAUGGAUGAGGAGCCCGAGAGAACGAAGCGAUGGGAAGGCGGCUACGAGAGGACGUGGGAGAUUCUUAAAGAAGAUGAGUCGGGAUCCCUGAAAGCCACGAUAGAGGACAUUCUCUUUAAGGCAAAGAGAAAAAGAGUGUUUGAACACCAUGGACAAGUUCGUCUGGGAAUGAUGCGCCACCUGUAUGUGGUGGUAGAUGGAUCGAGAACCAUGGAAGACCAAGACCUAAAGCCCAACAGACUGACGUGUACUUUAAAGUUACUAGAAUACUUCGUGGAAGAAUAUUUUGAUCAAAAUCCUAUUAGUCAGAUUGGAAUCAUCAUUACCAAGAGUAAAAGAGCUGAGAAACUGACCGAACUCUCAGGAAACCCAAGGAAACAUAUCACGUCUUUGAAGAAAGCUGUAGAUAUGACCUGCCACGGAGAACCGUCUCUUUAUAAUUCCUUGAGUAUGGCCAUGCAAACGCUAAAGCACAUGCCCGGGCACACAAGUCGAGAAGUCCUGAUCAUCUUCAGCAGCCUGACAACUUGCGACCCAUCCAACAUCUAUGAUUUGAUCAAGAGCCUCAAGGCAGCAAAGAUCAGGGUGUCUGUUAUCGGGUUGUCUGCAGAGGUGCGGGUGUGCACGGUCCUUGCUCGGGAAACGGGGGGCACAUACCACGUCAUUUUAGACGAAAGUCAUUACAAAGAAUUGCUGACCCAUCACGUCAGCCCGCCCCCUGCCAGUUCAAGCUCCGAGUGCUCACUCAUUCGGAUGGGAUUUCCCCAGCACACCAUUGCUUCCAUGUCUGAUCAAGACGCAAAACCCUCUUUCAGCAUGGCGCAUUUGGACAGCAGCUCUGAGCCAGGGCUCACAUUAGGAGGCUAUUUCUGUCCCCAGUGUCGGGCCAAGUACUCCGAGCUUCCUGUGGAAUGCAAAAUCUGCGGCCUCACGCUGGUGUCUGCUCCCCACUUGGCACGGUCUUACCAUCAUCUCUUCCCUUUGGAUCCUUUCCAAGAAAUACCGCUAGAAGAACACAAAGGAGAAAGAUUUUGCUAUGGAUGUCAAGGGGAAUUGAAAGACCAGCAUGUGUACGCGUGCUCCGCGUGCCGGAGCGUCUUCUGCGUGGACUGUGAUGUUUUUGCCCACGACACGCUGCACUGCUGUCCUGGCUGUAUUCAUAAAGUGCCGACUCCUUCAGGACCGGACUCCAGCCUGUAGUGUACGGUGUGUGUCAGAACAGAACAUAUUCAUGUGUAAAUGAAUCCUCAGAAGAAGCUUCAGCGAAGACACAAGGAAUAAAGCCAGAAGAAAUCUCCCCGAGAAACUCUUUGCUAAGAAAAUAUAAUAUUUUAUUAAAUUUUUUUAUUUGUCACCA